AGUUUGGUGCUUAGACGCGGUGCGCGUGCUUCGAAACGCUGUGCAGCAGUUUCUGUUCGUUUCGUUGUUAUAUUCGUGCAAUUUUCGAUAAGUGGUCGUCAAACGUAACUAAAGAUUUAACUAAACGCCGAUUGCUCAAAUAGGUCAAAUAUAGUCAAAGCCCUCCGUGGCACCAAGUAAUAGCACAACGCACAACACGUCCGAAAAAAAAAACCAACAAAAAACAUAAAAAUAUAUUGCACAUUUGAAAUUGGUAUCCUGGCAUAGAAACUAGUCCAUCCAGCCGAAUAUCGUAUAUUGUAUAUUCGAAUUGUAUUGUGCUGCAGCAGCCAGUGUUGCCCGCCAGUGCGCUGUGUUCAAAAUAAUUACAAAAAUUGUAAUAAACAACAAAAUAAUGCGGACCAUGUCGCAAAAGGGAUUAAAACACUUAAUCGGUCUUUUGGCCGUUAUUGCAAUACUUUCGGAUUUACCAGUGGCGCAGGCGGUUCGCGUUGGCAGCCCUCAACAGAAGCUGCGCAUUAAGGACAAACAGCCGGAUCAGACAUCAGCGGGAUCUUACUGGCAACAGCACGUGGCCACACCCAGCAGCUCGACGCCCUUCGAUUCGCCCUUCUAUUCGGCGACGCAUGGCCUCGUUCAGACGCACCCCUCUCUGACCGCAGGCGGGCCCCGCCCCGUCCCCCUCAGCAGCAACAGCUUGGGCAGCGGAGCGCCUCCAGCCUCUCCGGGUGUCGCCGCCAAUGGCAAACCUUCGCUCACCGCCGGCAGCGGCUACCUCAACUCACGCGGCACUCUGCCCACUUCCGCCAGGUAUCCGGCGAACAAGAUCAGCGGCACCGUUGUGGAACCCAAUCCCAAGUCGCCAUUCCGUCAUCUCGACUUCUCGACCAGUGCCACCGCCGAGCUGCGACGCAAUCCCGCUCUCUCCGCCCCCGAUGAGUGUGCUCGUGCCUGCCGCGAGGGUGAACCACCUAGGAUCUGCUACUAUCACUUCACUCUGGAGUACUACACUGUGCUGGGAGCUGCCUGCCAGGUGUGCACGCCCAAUGCAACGAACACCGUUUGGAGUCACUGUCAGUGCGUGUUGGCCGAUGGUGUUGAACGCGGUAUUCUCACAGCCAACCGCAUGAUACCCGGUCCAAGUAUUCAGGUGUGCGAGAAUGACAAAGUGGUGAUCGAUGUGGAGAAUCACAUGGAGGGCAUGGAGGUGACCAUCCAUUGGCACGGCAUCUGGCAGCGUGGCUCGCAGUACUACGACGGUGUCCCCUUCGUCACCCAGUGCCCCAUCCAGCAGGGCAACACCUUCCGCUACCAGUGGACGGGCAAUGCCGGCACCCACUUCUGGCAUGCUCACACCGGUCUGCAGAAGCUCGACGGUCUCUAUGGCAGUGUUGUGGUGCGUCAGCCGCCUUCUCGGGAUCCCAACUCGCAUCUGUAUGACUUCGAUUUGACCACGCACAUUAUGCUGAUCAGUGAUUGGUUGCACGAGGAUGCCGCUGAACGUUAUCCGGGUCGUCUGGCCGUCAACACCGGUCAGGAUCCCGAGUCCAUGUUGAUCAACGGCAAGGGACAGUUCCGUGAUCCCAACACCGGUUUCAUGACCAACACUCCUCUGGAGAUCUUCACUAUCACGCCGGGACGUCGCUAUCGUUUCCGCAUGAUCAACGCUUUUGCCUCGGUUUGUCCGGCUCAGGUGACCAUCGAGGGACACGGCAUGACUGUCAUUGCCACCGAUGGCGAACCCGUUCAUCCAGUCGAUGUCAAUACAAUCAUCUCCUUCUCAGGCGAACGUUACGACUUCAUCAUCACUGCCGAUCAACCCGUGGGAGCCUACUGGAUUCAGCUGCGUGGUCUUGGAGAGUGCGGUAUCCGUCGUGCCCAGCAGUUGGCCAUUCUCCGCUAUGCUCGUGGUCCUUAUCAGCCCGCUUCCGCGCCUCCCACCUACGAUGUCGGCAUACCCCAGGGUGUGGUCAUGAACCCCUUGGACGCGCAAUGUAACCGUCAACGCAAUGAUGCCAUCUGCGUGAGUCAAUUGAAAAACGCCCUGGAGAUCGAUCGCGGCAUUCUUGCCGAGAAACCUGACGUCAAGAUCUUCCUGCCCUUCCGUUUCUUUGUCUACCGUGCCGAGGAUCUCUUCCAGCCCAACACCUACAACCGAUUCCUUGUGGCUCCCACGGGUGAUCAUGUCAUCUCACUGAUCGAUGAGAUCUCUUAUUUGUCGGCACCAGCACCGCUUACGUCGCAGUUCAACGAAAUCAAUCCGGAGCAAUUCUGUAACGGUGACAAUCGUCCCGCGGACUGCGGACCCAACUGCAUGUGCACCCAUAAGAUCGAUAUACCCCUCAAUGCGAUUGUCGAGGUCGUACUGGUUGAUGAGGUACAACAACCCAACCUGUCACAUCCAUUCCAUUUGCACGGCUAUGGCUUCAGUGUGAUUGGUAUUGGCCGCUCGCCGGAUUCCACCGUGAAGAAGAUUAACUUGAAGCAUGCUCUCGAUCUGGACAGACGCGGUUUGUUGCAUAGACAGUACAAUCUGCCGCCCACCAAGGACACCAUUGCUGUGCCCAACAAUGGUUACGUUGUGCUGCGCUUCCGAGCCGACAAUCCCGGCUUCUGGCUGUUCCAUUGUCAUUUCCUGUUCCACAUUGUGAUCGGCAUGAAUUUGAUAUUGCAAGUGGGCACCAAUGCGGAUCUGCCACCGGUGCCACCCGGUUUCCCCACCUGCGGCGAUCACACUCCCCCCAUACCCAUUAAUUAAGUUAGACCCUAACAAACUCCUCGGCUCUAACUGCUUAAAACGAGAACAAGCAACGAAAAAGAAGAAUAACAAACAAAAAAAGUAAACAGAAAUUAAAUAGUUACAGAAAGCGAAGAGGACCUGAACCAGCUGAACAGUUUGUACAAAGUUUUUUUUAGAGAAGAUGAACAACGAACAGCACAAUGAGUAUGUAUGUAUGUAUUGUAUGUAUAUGCGAUCUUAAGCACAGCCAACUCCUGCUCCUCCUACUGCCGCCCUCCUGUAUGAUAUAUUGCUCCCCCCCACUUCAACUUGUCUAUAUAGAUCAAUCUCUCUAUAUAUAUAAAUGUAUUCCGCAUAAGCUUGCCUUGCCCCCAGCAAAAACACCCCUUGCCCCAUCCCUGAAAGUUGCCUCAAGCAAUCCUUGCCACACUUGGGACUUGCCCCCGUUUUGGAAAUUUGUAUAGAAACAAUGUAAAAACUUAUAAAAGCAGCCAUAGAACAAAAGCCCCGCCCUUUUUUUGUUGAUCCUUGAAGCCAGCGUAUAAAGUGUAUAUUUAAAUCUUAUUAAUAAUAUAUGUGUAUUUGGGGGCCAAGAAAAGAAAGAGAUAAGCAAAAAAGAAAAGUACACGCCUGGUGCCUAGUUUCCCCCGGGGAAAUGCGAAUGGAAAUAUAUCUAAAUCUUUAAUAAUAAUAUUAUAAAAAAUGUACAUAAAAGUGUCUAUGUAAAUGAUGAAUAUGAUGUAUGUAUUGUAUUAUGCUUAAACUAUUUUGUACCUAUGUAUGUAAUGCCUAAUUAUGCCUAGGGUCUAUUGAAUCAAAUAUGCUCUCAUUUGGCUUCUCACAGUCAUAUUUAAUAGCUGCAACAUUCGAUGAUGAGACGAUCAAGCAUUUGCUAUUGUUUAAACAAAUUGUACAUUUCCCAACAGACUCCCAAAACGAGUCUCAAAAUGAGCAAAAAAAAAAAACGAAACGAACAACAAUAUUUAAAGUGAAGAUUUGUAAAGCAUGAGGACAGAACCCAAUUAACUGCCGUUAAAUGUAUAUUUAUUGUUUAAAUCAAUUUUAAUAAAAAUGUGUAAAAUUAAACAACA